GACGCGCACACACAGAAUCUCAGCUGUUUGUCUGUGGAGCUGAAAGCGAGCGGACAUGGCACCAGCACGGAAGAACAGAGUGUUUGUCAUCGGCGUGGGCAUGACAAAGUUUGAUAAGCCUGGAGCACGAGAGAACUAUGAUUACCCUGAAAUGGCCAAGGAAGCAGGCGAAAAGGCCUUGGCAGAUGCAGGAAUCCCAUAUUCUGCCAUUGAACAAGCCUGUGUUGGAUACGUCUAUGGGGACUCCACUUGUGGACAGAGGGCCAUCUACCAUAGCUUGGGCCUGACUGGGAUCCCCAUCAUCAACGUUAACAACAAUUGCUCCACAGGCUCCACUGCUCUCUUCAUGACACGUCAGCUGGUCCAGGGAGGUCUUGCUGACUGUGUUCUUGCUCUUGGGUUUGAGAAGAUGGAAAGGGGAUCUUUGUCUGCAAAGUAUUUAGACAGGACCAGUCCCAUGGAUAAGCACAUGGAGGUGAUGAUCAACAGAUAUGGGUUGACAGCAGCCCCAGGAGCUCCACAGAUGUUUGGCAAUGCAGGCAGAGAGCACAUGGAGAAAUACGGCACGAAACCAGAACAUUUUGCCAAAAUUGCCUGGAAAAACCACAAGCAUUCAACUAACAAUCCUAAUUCUCAGUUCCAAGACGAGUACAGUUUGGAGCAGAUUAUGAAGUCCAGGAAGGUGUUUGAGUUCCUCACUCUUCUACAGUGCUGUCCCACCUCAGAUGGAGCAGGAGCAGCAGUGUUGGCAAGCGAAGCGUUUGUGAGGAGCCACAACCUGGAGAACCAGGCAGUUGAGAUUCUGGCUCAGGAGAUGGUGACAGAUCUCACAUCUACGUUUGAAGAAAACAGCUGCAUUAAGAUGGUGGGAUAUGAUAUGUCUCGGUUGGCUGCUAAAAAGUGUUAUGAAGCUGCAGGUCUGAAGCCCAGUGAUGUCGACGUGAUUGAGCUGCAUGACUGCUUUUCAGCCAAUGAGCUGAUUACAUAUGAGGCCCUGGGGUUGUGUGCAGAGGGUAAAGCAGGUGAGCUGAUUGACAGAGGAGACAACACUUAUGGUGGAAAGUUUGUAGUCAACCCCAGUGGCGGUCUCAUCUCUAAAGGCCAUCCUCUGGGUGCCACAGGUCUGGCUCAAUGUGCAGAAUUAUGCUGGCAGCUCAGAGGACAGGCUGGCAGGAGGCAGGUCCCAGGAGCGAGAAUUGCACUCCAACACAACAUUGGAUUAGGAGGAGCUGUGGUUGUCACUCUCUACAAGAUGGGAUUCCCUCAGCAUGCCAGGUCUCAUGUAGAUGCUGUUUUCACCAGCUCAGCCGGAGAUCUGGAAGCAUUCAGAAUAUAUCCUGUCUUUAAAGAGAUUGAAAAACAACUACAGGAGCAAGGAGAGGAGCUUGUUAAGAAGAUUGGUGGAGUGUUUGCUUUCAAAGUGAAGGAUGGGCCAGGUGGGAAGGAAGGAAUUUGGAUUGUAGAUGUGAAAAAUGGCAAAGGUUGUAUCAGCAAUGACUCUGGUAAAAAGGCAGACUGCACCAUCAUCAUGAGUGAUGAAGAUCUUCUGGACUUGAUGACUGGAAAGCUGAACCCGCAGACGGCAUUCUUCAAAGGGAAGCUGAAGAUCUCUGGGAACAUGGGCAUGGCUAUGAAGCUGCAGCGCCUGCAGAUCACAUCGGGCAAGGCCAAACUGUGAAAUCAGAGUAGAUU